AAUCUUUAGUUUUAUCCAAAUAAAUGUAAGCGUCGAUAUGAUAGAGAUGCUCACUAGACGGCGCUGUUAAAGCUUCCUUAGCAUUCGCAUUCCAUAGCGUGCUAUAAGAUCAUCAUGUUUAAAGUCAAAAUUCUUGUUGUUGGGCCCUGUAUGGCUGGGAAGACAGCAGUGUCAAAUUUCUUAGCAGAUGCCACUGAGGGCUCUAGUGGAGAAUAUCACCCAACACAAGGAGUGAGAAUCCUUGAAUUUGAAUCCCAGACCAACAGCAGACAGGGAGUGGAUGUGGAAUUAUGGGAUGUGAGUGGUGAUCCCAAAUUUGAACCAUGUUGGUCAGCGUUAGCUAAGGAUACUAACGGUGUUAUCUUUGUGUACAAUCCCGACCAACCCAACCACGACAAAGACCUCGAAAACUGGUAUAAUUAUUUUGUUGAAAACCAAAAUAUCAAAGAAAGUGCUUGUAUAAUAUUUGCACAUCAUAAACCCGGGGGUAAUGAAAGAGAAAAAUCUGUGCUUUCUGACACAUUCAAGAAGAUUGCUACUAUCCACACAAAUAUUGAUGAAGAUGGAGAUUCACUGAGAAACGAGUUCAUGAACUAUUUGACUCAAUUAAUGGCAGCCAUGACAGAUAAACGGGAACAGGAAGAACUAAGUAUCAUGAAUAAUCGAUGAUGGAGGAAAACAACUAACGGAAUAUAAAAUCUCUGAAAGUAGAAAAUGACUCAAGUCCGAUUUCUUACUUGAGGCACUCAAGUUGUGUUGGGGGAUGUUAAUAUUUUGGUCAUUGUAAAUUAUUACACAAGAAUUGUCUUUACUUGAUAUUCAAUGUAUCAUAAUUUUUAUGAUAAAUGUAUGAUGUUUCAUGAUUAUAGAUUUCCUCUCAAUUUCAUGAACAUAUAAACAUUUUUUGAUUUUUUGUAAGGUUUUAAAAAUUUCUAAUACACUGUACCUCUCAAAAAAAAAAAAUCUAUUACUAUUGUGUUGGUGUAUAAUUUGAUCACAUUCAUAUCCUGGUGAACUUUUUUAACUUUCUGUUAUUUCUAAAUUGUGUUUGGCUGUUGGCAAUUAGAGCGCUUUAUAUACAUGUACAUAAUAUUACAUUAUCUGUAAAGUGUGCAAGGGAGGAGAGCUGGAAACACUGAAUAAAAACAUUAUUUAAACUUA